AUUCCAAUUCCUGAUUAGUAAACAUACCAUGAAUCUCAUCGUCUCAUCUCAUGAUCCUCAUUCCCGCACCCAACUCUUCUUUUUUACUUCACUUUAUUAUAAUUAUAAUUUAUAUACCACUUCUUCCCACUACAAUCUUCUCUGCUUCCUCUCUCUCUCUCUCUCUCUGUGCUUGCUUCUAAUCCUAAAUACACAUAGAAUCUUUUCAUCUUGGUGGUAUAUGCUACUGCUUUUCAUCAAACAAAUCUGUCUCAAAUUCUCUCAUCUGGGUCUUCCUCAAAACUUUUACAUUUUUCUCAAUCAUUUGUCAAUAAUAUGGAAUCUCCUUUAGAUUUGAGCCGUUGAAAAAGUGCAUCUUCAAACUACACUUCCCCUCUCUCAGUUCAUUGCUCACUGGAUUCCGUUCAUUGAGAUCUUAUUUUCAAGACAAUACUUAAAUUUAUCUAAAUAAUUUCAUUUUUUGUAGCCUGUAGGGGAUUUGAGGUGAUGUCUUAUAAUCAUGUAUAUCCGAGAUGUUGCUUAAACUCUUCAGACUCUUCUAGUAAGUCAAAAGAAAGUCCUUCUGGUCAAUUCAAGAUUUACCAGUUCUUCGUGUUCUGUGUACCAAUCUUCUUCACUUUCAUCCUCCUCUUCGUCUUCUACUUGUUCUAUCUUCGCCCUCGACGGGUCAAUUGGUCAUCUCUUAGAAUGACAACUUCUCCACAGAUUAACAAUGACAUUGCCACUGUUGAAAUGGGCUUGAAAAAAGAACUGAGAGAGAUGCUACCCAUUAUUGUAUAUAAGGAGAGCUUCUCCGUGAGAGAUACACAAUGCUCAGUAUGCCUGGGUGACUAUCAAGCAGAGGAUAGGCUUCAACAAAUACCAGCCUGUGCCCAUACAUUUCAUAUUGAUUGCAUUGAUAGCUGGCUUUCCACCCACAGCACCUGUCCACUCUGCCGCUUAUCCCUCCUUUCGUCUCAUAAAUCUCAAAAUGAAUCGCCUGAUGUACCGGUGGAGUCGAGUCAUGAAUCUUCUAUUGUAGAGAAUAAUUUUGUAACACCCCUUCCACAGAUGCCUCAAGCGUGUGAAGAAACAGAAGCUACAGAGUCCGGGUUGAGGAAUAAGGAACCUAGAACUGUCCUACACAGUUCCAAAGAAGAUCCAAGAAGUUCUCAAUGGGUUGAUUGUAAGCGAGAAUUGAGGGAUGUAGGAAAUGCAACUGAGUUGCAUGAGCAUACUCGUGGAUCUUCUGCUUGAGUUAAAUUGAGGCAUCAAAGCUGACAGUACCAUCAAGAAUUCUGCAUACUUGUAUAGUAUCCAAGUGAGACACAGCGUUUAGUGUAAAAGCUUCUAAACUGCCAUAUCUUGAGAGAGUAUUUGGUCGAAUUCUUCUAUAUAAAGGCAAGAAGCAGCUAAACUGAAACAUUCAAGAAAUUUUGAUAUUAACAUCCAAGAAGAUGAAGGCUUGCUCAUCAGCAAGGAGUUGCUAAGAACAAUCGAUGGAGUUCCUGUAUAAUUUACAAACAAGUACAUUGGUGUUUCAGAUGGGAAAAGAAAAGCUUUGAUGAAUGGUUUUCCUAUUGAUCUGGUGUCGGUCUUGCCUUGAUGAGAACGUUUGGUUGCUUGUAGGUGAGUUUAUCACUUGCCUGAAUCUGACAGGCAUCCAGUUCUCAUUUUCCCAAUGAAUAUUAUGAACAAUAUCCACUUUUAUGUGGUGAUUAGUGGAGUUUGAGAAUUAAGAUGUGAUUGUAAUGAAGGGUUACUAUUUACUUGGCAUGAGCCAUGAGAGUGAUGUAUGAGUCAUGCAACUAGUAU